UGAACACACAACCUUCAAAUUAUUACUCUUUUUUCCACACCACCAUGACCAAUGAGUGCGAAUCCCACGAAGACCAAAACCGCCAACUCAUCCGCUACAUAUUGUACGGAAUCCUCGCCUUAAUUAUCCUUAUACUCCUCACAAUCUUCCUAACCUGGAUCAUCCUCCGACCAACCAAUCCACGUUUCAUCCUCCAAGACAUAAGGGUCAUCGCCUUCAACCUUACCUCCACCGUAGAACCACCGUCCCUAACCACCAUAACCCUAACAAUUCAAGUCACUCUUUCAUCCUUAAAUCCAAACUCAAAAAUCGGCAUUUACUAUAAUAAACUUGACGCGUACGCUUCCUAUAGAGGACAACAAAUCUCUCUUCCCACUGGACUUCCAGAAACUUAUCAAACUCACGGCGACAUCUCCAUUUGGUCGCCGAUGUUAUACGGAUUGGCUGUCCCGGUUUCGCCUUACUUGUCAGAGAUUCUGCGGCAGGAGCUAACUUCAGGUGGUGUUUUAGUCGACAUUAAAUUCAACGGGAGAGUUAAGUGGAAGGUUGGGACUUGGGUUUCUGGAAGGUACCAUAUUGAUGUGAACUGUCCGGCGUUUAUUCGGGUUACCGGCGAUGAAGGUGGUGACAGGUUUGAAGUUUCUAAUCCGGCGGCUAAGUUUCAGUUAUCACAAAGUUGUGUUGUUGAUGUUUAAGGAAUGUUUAAGCUAAGUAAUUUGGUUUUUUUAUUAUUAGUAGUUAUAUACUUGUUAUUGGUUUUUAGUCUAGUCUUAAUGAUCCUUUUCUAAAAAUGUUCUCUUUUUCUUUUGAAUUGUUA